UACUCAACGUUAAAAGCACACAAUGUAAUGCUUUUGUUUGAGAGCAGGAAGUCACUAAUGGAACUUAACCCAAACCUCAAAAACAGGUAAGUGAGGCGAGCGCUUGUGCCUUCCUUCCUGCACGGAAACGUGCGAAGGACCCAAAAAAAAAAAAAGUUGCGUUUUUCACCACAGUUUAAAUGUCGCGUGUAAGCGACUCGUGCACCUUUUAUUAAAAAGGCUGCAUAAAAGUUUGCAACAUUGACAUCCCUAUUGCCAGCACUUGUUUUUUUUAUUCAGUUAUAGCCAGGGUUCAUAACUUGAAGUGUGUUUUCAGGGCGGAGUCAGACCAGGAGGACAUGAAAGCAGCACAUGUGAUAUAAAAUGACGUUUCCCUCACCUUUUUAGUCGUCAUAGGCUGCGGUGUUGAUAGACAUGACUUCGGACGGACUGGAAGGGACUUUUUGCAGCUUCUACGACAGAGUGAGAUGGAGGAGGAAGCGGUGACUUCCAUCCUGCAUCGACCGCAGAGAAACAUGAGGGCCGUUCUGCUUUUCCCCCUCCUCUCCCUGCUACGGGUCCACGCCGCCAAAACACCCGCCUGCCCCGAGCGCCAGCACGAACGUCUCAUCUGUUACAACGACUACAGUCAAAACAUCACGUGCCUGUGGAACGACACCGGCGUUUUACGCACGGACAACACGCCGUGCCGCGUACACGCAGAAAGAAUCCACAUUACGGAGAAGAAGCGUUAUUACAAUUCUAGGCGUUAUUACAACGCUUCCUGUGUACUGGCACCAGUUGAGGUCUCCACACCGGGACUUAAGGCGUGUUCUUUGAUCUUCAAGAAACCAGGCAUUUUUCAGUCCUACCACAUGCUGGGAAUUUCUCUGGACUGUUCCUCUGUGCGGAUGAACUACACACCGUACUGCCACGUCAAGCUGUAUCCGCCGACAGAACCCAGAGUCAACAUGACAACGGUCUCCUCUGUGCCCCAAGCAGCCGAGCACCACGACAUCUCCCGUCACACCUUCCAGCUGCAGUGGAAGUCAAAGGAUCAGCCGUGGAAUGGCGCACGGGUGCGGAGCGAAGAAGGGCAAUGUGAGUCUUGCUGCCAGACGAAGCUGAGGGAAGAACUGCUGACGCGUGGCACGACUUAUGAGGCGCGCGUUCGGGUGCGGCCGUCCGACUUUGACUCGUCGUCAUGGAGCGACUGGAGCCCUACAGCAUCGUGGACUUCAGCCAUUGGAGUGGCCGAGGCGACGCCCUCAGGUUUCUUUGCGCUCGUUCUAGGAAUUACAGUCUCGGGCACAGCCUUCGCCCUGUUUCUGGCGGUUCUCGUCUUCCGAACUGACAGGACCACCUGGGUGAAAACGGCAAAGAAGAUAAAAGGGCCACCGCUACCAGACCCAUCAAAGUCCUUCCUGCAGAACACCUGGGUGAGUCCCCAUUUCAGCAGCGAGUCUUUGCAGACCUUCUUCAAGCUCGAGGAAAUUCUCCCGGUGAAGUCGGUUGGCCAUGUGGACGUUUUUUCACCUUGCCGUCCAGAGCUAUCGCUGCAGGAGAAGACCAGGAGCAGGUAUACUGGCUUGAGUUUCUUCAACCCCAGGUACUCCCAGCUGUGGCCUCCUCCAGUCCACUCCCUCACCGCGGGCGACCUGGAGCCCUGUGCGGCCGACUCCCCUUACGGGCCCAUUACGACUCCCGGGGAUGGCGAAGGCCUCAACAAGGUUUGGGAUGAGGACAUGGAGAAUGUCCUGGAACUUCUGCUGAAGCUCUCCCAAGGCAGCGACGGCAGUGAGGCGAUGCCAGUUGUUUCGGACUACGCCAAAAUCGAGACGCUUCAGGUUGGUUGCGUCCGGACGCCGGAAGAGGUCAGUGACGAGGCGGCAGAAGAAGGCAGUGAUGAAGAGACAGCGGGCAAGUGGGGAGCUCUUCAGGAGUUCUGUGAGGGGAGCAUCACUGAAGGCUCCAUUCAGGUUUUUCUCGACAAGGAACGUGUCCACACGCUACAUGACGACAGCCCCGAGCUUCCCAGCCUGGAUUCUGGCAUCAGCAGUGUGGGUGAGGAACAAGGAAGUCAAGAGGAGAGUUUAGAGGACAUCUUGGGCGAGAAGUCCAGCAGAUUCCGGUUUCCUCCUUCACCUCAGUGCUCAUCUUCAUUCACGCCUUCAGGCCUCUACGGAUGUUUAGGUCAACCUCUGCAAAGUCUGCAAGCUCUCCUCCAGUCUCAUGCGGACUCGACGUCAUCAGUGGAACCCUCCAGUGGCGGUUACAUGGCCGUCUGCAGGAAGACGCCUGAAAAUGAGGACGUUAGUCAAUAACUGAAUAUUCAUCUGGACAUGAAAGCAUUAUGCCAGGGGUGUCCAAAGUACGACCCACGGCCAAUUGUACAAAUACUAUUAAAAUAAUUUAGAAAACAUAAAAAAGGGAUAAUCAAUCAAUAGAUCAAUUUUUAUUAAUAUAGCCCUAAAUCACGAAUGUCUCAAAGGGCUGCAAAAGCCACAACGACAUCCUCGGUUCAGAUCCCACAUCGGACACCUCAGUCUCCUUGGAUGUAUCCUUGCUAAUCCUGGCCGAGAGUUGGUCUGCAACCGAGAGUGGAGUGGGCACUCUUGGUUGCUUUGUUGGGUCUGCUCCUGUCUCUGGCCAUGCUCCCUCCACCCCAGCAGACCAUGGCGUGGAACACCGCAGAGGCCACCACAGUGUAUAUGUUUCUUUUACUUUUUAUUCGUAGCUGUAUGUAGAAGUGGCUGGUUGUAUCAGCUCCGCUACUUUAAUGUCUUUCAUGUCCUUAGUUUUCUUUGAUGUUUCCAUCUUACACUCCUGUAAGGAUGUAUACUCUGGCUAUGAGUAGUUUUUUUUUCCCCUCUCCAGGGGCCCAGGCUUAGACCGAUUUUUUUUAUUAUAAUAUUUUAUUUUUUUCUCCCAUUCCCCCCACUUGUUUACCUGUAUCUCACCUUUUUUGUGAGGAAAUUGGCAGACCCGUCAGCGAUCCUGUUCUGUCUCCCUGUAAUGUUUGUCUGAUCUUGAAUGGGAUUGUGCUGAAAAUUUUAAUUUUCCUGAGGGAACUCUCCUGAAGGACUAAAGUACUAUCUAUCUAUCUAUCUAUCUAUCUAUCUAAAGAUUCAAGAUUGUUUAUUGUCAUAUGCACAGUUUAACAGACAGUUUGCAGUACAAUGAAAAUCUUACUUUGCUAGUCCACCCUUCAACAAGUCACCCGGUACUUAGCUAAAAAAAUAAAAUAAAAAUGUAUAUACAAGGCACAGUAAGUAACAUAACAUUAUUGCACAUUCUGAUUGACAGACAACAGUAUAAAUAUGGAGGUGACCUUGGGUCACAACAGCAGUUAAAGUGUCUUUAGUGAUCAAAGGUGAAAAGUGUCUACAGUUCGGGGGUGGUCAAGGUAGCUGUCUUUUGUUCAAAAAGACAAAAGUAAAAACGGGGGGGGGGAUGGGAGCUAGCAUUCACAAGCCUGAUGGCCUGUGGGUAGAAACUGUUUGUCAGUCUCGUAGUCCUGGAUUUCAGGACUACGAGACUGACAAACAGUGAGGGUAGAAACUGUUUGUCAGUCUCGUAGUCCUGGAUUUCAGGACUACGAGACUGACAAACAGUUCCUACCCACAGGUAGAAACUGUAGAUAGAUAUCAGCAUUCACAGGCCUGAUGUCCUGUGAAUGCUAAUAUCUAUCUAUCUAUCUAUCUAUCUAUCUAUUUAUCAAAGGUGAAAAGUGUCUACAGUGAUGGUUCACAGUUCGGGGGUGGUCAAGGUAGCUGUCUUUUGUUCAAAAAGACAAAAGUAAAAACGGGGGGGACGAGAGCUAGCAUUCACAGGCCUGAUGGCCUGUGGGUAGAAACUGUUUGUCAGUCUCGUAGUCCUGGAUUUCAGGACUACGAGACCGACAAACAGUGAGGGUAGAAACUGUUUGUCAGUCUCGUAGUCCUGAAAUCCAGGACUACGAGACUGACAAACAGUUUCUACCCACAGGCCAUCAGGCCUGUGAAUGCUGAUAUCUAUCUAUCUAUCUAUCUAUCUAUCUAUCUAUCAGGUCAAGGAAAAACUCAACCCAGUGGGAUGACAAUGAAAAACCUUGGGGAGGACCGCAGAUUUGGGUAUGCAUCGCUACUAUGAAUCUAUGAUUGUUAUUUACCUCAACGCUCGGAUCUAAAGGAGACUUAUUGGGUCCCUGGUUCAAUUCCCACCUAGUACCAACCUCGUCACGUCCGUUGCGUCCUGAGCAAGACACUUCACCCUUGCUCCUGAUGGGUGCUGGUUGGCGCCUUGCAUGGCAGCUCCCUCCAUCAGUGUGUGAAUGUGUGUGUGAAUGGGUAAAUGUGGAAGUAAUGUCAAAGCGCUUUGAGUACCUUGAAGGUAGAAAAGCGCUAUACAAGUACAACCCAUUUAUCAUUUACCUAUUGUUCUCAUGGUUCCAAUGUUGCUAUCCUGUCCAGUCUGCUGUACGGAUGUACUUUACAAAAAGAGAAGUGUGGGAUACUUCUGUUGCAUUAUUUUGUGUUUAGAAUUCAUAUCCUUACUGCAAUGGUUGAUGCUGCAUAUGAACAAUAAACUGUUUUUCUACACA